AUGGAACCGAGUCGUCUUCUGGUGGAACCGACCGUCGAAUCGCUUCACUCAACACUUUCACUCGAAAUGGAAGUCAGCUCAAUGUCUUCUGAUGGAACCGACCUUCGAAUCUCUUCACCCAACAUUUCUACUCGAAAUGGAAGUAAUCCCAACAUUCUUCUGGUGGAACCGACCUUCGAAUCUCUUCACCCAACACUUUCACUCGGAAUGGAAGUAAGCUCAACAAUUGUCUUCUGGUGGAACCGACCUUCGAAUCUCUUCACCCAACACUUCCACUCGAAAUGGAAUUAA